AUGGAGCUGGACUAUCAUCCCAACAAUGCCUUCCUAUACUACGUCGACCCCGUGAGUUCGUAUAUACAACCAUCCAGGGUUUGUUAUUACGCUUCUCGGUAGCGUCUGUCUCCGUAGACUGGCCUCUGCAUGUGAAACAGUUUUUUUUAUAUGACUAGUAGUCGCAAAUUGUUCGUGACAAACAGGUAUAAGUGCCCCACUUUGUCUACUUUAUGAAAAGCGUUGAGGUGCACUACCAGACUACACUUUAGGAAGGGGGGGGGGACACAUUGAUAAUUAAUAAGGCCUUUUUUGGAUAUAAUUUACUCACUGGGCUUUCGACCGACCUUUUCGCUUGCGGUAGCCUGUACAGUGAGAUCUAGGGUAGCAGCACCGAGCUGGCGGGACUGGUGGCGAGUAACCUUUCCAAACUACCUCAACCGUACUUUUUGAAUGGCCGCAGGUACAUUUAGUGUCGCCGAAAGGGUGGCGGCCCGUCUGACUCGAAUCGAAGUCAAUGUAACUCGCUCUCGAAGGAUCAUCCUCAGGCAACGGUGUUUUAGGACCUCAGGUCCUCGCCCGUCUUCCAUAUACACAACCUGGUGUUCACAAAUACAGCGAAAAGACGAACGGAUGAAUGGCCGUCAUAAAAGAUUUAUGCUGAUCAAGAUGUCUCUGCGGACCCAUAGAGGUCUCUGAAAGUUUGCGAACGUCCCCUGAGCAGUAGGUGAUUCGGGCGGCGUAAUCAUCUUUAUUAACUUCGCUUUUGCGAAGACCUGUUUCGGGGAUGUCGAAAAGGUCAGUACGUUUGAAGGCUAGAUACUUGCAGUAAGAAGCCCCCUACGUGUCUGUCUGUCAGUCAUACAACCCUACUUUUUCUCGGAUAACUCGUCCUGGUAGUGGCGUCAUGAGCAGUGGCCGUCCAUGGCUAAUGAUGAUGAUGACGAUCAUGGCACCCUCUGACAGCGUGCCCUAUGGGCAUUCGUGGCGUUUGUAUAGCCACUCGUCUAGACGAGAGCAUUUUAUAGGCUUUCUGGGAGGGAACCUGUUCAUGUCAGCAGUGGAGGGAGAUUUUGGGUCAGUCUUAUUCACCCGUUCCCCCUGGCGAAUAAUACUCAAUCCAGGUCAGGUGGUUAUGGGAGGGGAACGGAUGAUUCCUGAUUACUAGUUAGUACCUUGCAGCAUCUCGUUACAGCGGUUGUAGACUUGACCGAUUUGACCUUAUUCCUAUAACUGAGGAAUUUCUACUUUGCCACCGUAGGCCGAGUUCGACACCCAUUAUCUCUUAGCUUUCUUCAGUGAGCGUUCUGUGCCCCAUCUCCUCUAAUAUCGUCCUUACUCCCAACACGGGUGUUGGAUCGAACCAAAGCUUGUGCCGUCACGGUUGCCCGGUCGGGCCAUCCGCUGACACGAUCGUGUUUGGUACGGGUAAUUCUGUUUCACGAAUCCACCGCCUUAUUUUGAGUAGACCUCUUCAUGUCGUCCGUUAAGAUCAUAGUCGCGAUCAGCGCCUACUGUUGCUGCUCCACUGUUAAGAGUUCAGAUCCGUAAUAAUCCCUCCCGGCCGUCGUUCGGUCACGCGUUUAUUUAGGUCUCAUCCAACGUUCAAUCCUGAUUAACUAUUUCACUUUGACUGAGUUCCCAGGAGGGCCAAAUGCGGCUUUUAAUCGUCUGGUUUGCAUUAGAUCGCGCUGACUUACCGUGCUGGCGUCACACUACGACGGCGUCCGACUUAAGACUCCGAAAAUCCACCUAAUAUUGGCCUGCGUCACUGGCCAGAAGAUGAAGGUGACAAUCUUUCCAAAUAUCUCUGAGUCAAGUUGUUGCCGGACAGACGGCACGUACAACACUGUCAAACGAAUGGAUGCCGCUCACGGGGUUUGUGCAUGCCUCGCAAUAUCGCCACCAGGGUCCGGGUGUACCCGACCUCCGUCCAGCCAGCUUCGUACUUUUUUGAGUGCUGAGCUGUACGCUUGAAAGACUAAUGGAAAUUGGAUGCUUUACGUCCAUUCCCCGAAAACAGGUUUAUAAGUCCGAGAGUAAAGUAACACACAACUUGACCAUUUUGUCGAAGGACCAGGUCCCUCUUGUUCUCGCCUUGAUUGGCGGUUAGGUGGAUAGGCCUGUGUAUUUGACUAUUUCCAUUCUGACUGAGCCAGUCUUCAGCGGACAGACUGUAUUGCCUGAGACAAUCAAUGUCUGCUGCUCUAAAAUCACACGGAACAUCAGAGAAGGGCGACUGGAUACUUUGGGCACAUCCUUCGUCCUCCCCCCCCCCCCAUCCCUGGGUUCUCGUUGUUGCCCUUGCUCCGACGACGCUAGCCACCCGGAAACGAAUCCUGCUUGACGCCGUCCGUCAAGACAUAGGGAGUGUUCCUGGUACUCUCGGCAUUCAAUCUCCGCUGCCGGAGAUGGGAGUAAGUUGGACACGGUUGGUCGUUACGCGUGGCGUUCUACCCAUGAUCUCAAUGAGGCCAGCCAGAUCGGACACAGUCACAGUACGGGCACCACUGUGCCAUUCUCCUCCCACUUCCUCACUUCUCAGGACAGCAAUUCGUCUUGUGAUUCGAUAGUCAGUAAUACCUGCAGUCUGGUUGUCUGUGUAUUGUCUCCGUAGCCAUCAUGGAGUCCAUUCAGAUUUCGAGUGAAUGGUGCUCUUCCCAUAAAACCCACUUCUGGCCAACCUGCCUUACUGUCCGAAGAUCGCCGCCUAUGUGCGUGUCGACCUACUCAGAAAGGCUCGCGCUGGCUCAUCAAUCUUAGCGUCUUACAACCAGUGCUCGUGGGAGUUGGCCACGGAGAUUCCAGUCGAUCCAAUACCACCUUUUCAUUGUCUAGCCUUAUUUUCAACGACCUCUCCAACCCGAAGCAUACUUCAACUCUGGGUUUUUGCGAUCCUGUUUGUGGACUGGUUUUAGGCAUAUGCCCCUUUGGCCAAGCACGGCUGAUUAGCUCGCGACUGUGUCUAAGUGCUACUGUGCGAUAGAUCCAGGAAGGGCAAUUUUUCUUAUUGAGGAAACCUUCCUUUCUUACAGGUUUUCUAUCUACUUUAAGGACCACGUCAUCUAGUUGGGCAGCCUCCUACUACUUUUAGAGGGCUUCAUGUUCAGAUGUCGUAGAAUGGCGUAAACCCUACCCUAUUCCUCCUAUUCAGUCAAAAUGUUUACCCGUAAUUUAUGAAGCGUAGGAAAUUGAUUAAAAGCUUGGACGGAAGACCGUUAGACUGAACUGAGAGAAAGGUAGAGAGGCGGGAUUUGCGUUCAGACUCGCGUGCGUGCGCGCGCGUUUGCUGCGAGACCUCGUUCGGCGCGACAAAGUUGUGUGCACGACCGACGCGUAGAAUGUACGCACCCUGUCCUCGCUGCUACCCGCUCGACCUGUUCAUUAUGGAUUCAUUGGCCCAUGUUGAGGGGCGCGCAUGUUCAUCCAGGCGCUCCAGCUGACCAGUGGUCGUUCAGUCUUUCUCCGUCAGCUCGUUAGGGACUUUUUCGAAAUCCGAGUCUAUCAGUCAAUCAUAGAAUUUAUGCGUCCCGUGGUCACUCUGCUCCGUCGUGCCUGUGUGCAUCUUUUCACGGCUCAAAUAUGCUCUAAGACACUUUGUUAUACGUAUGAUGAGCGGUCUUUCCCGAAAAGUGGAUGGCGUUCGAACAGGCGCCGAUAAACAAACGUUCAUGGAGUAACUCCCACUCCUAAUAGUGGUUCGGUAAAGGGAACCAACCGACCUCUUCACGUACUGCAUGCAUAUCUGCGACGUGUGCUAUAAGGUCUGCAGUAAAUAGUUUUAUCCAGCACCGUCACUGCAAAUGAAAAAUAUAUUUAAAAAGAUAUUUACGAGUGAGUCUCGGCUCGAAUAAGCAAAUCCCUACAGUGUUCAGUUUGUGUUUAUAUUUUAAAAAAUGACCAGCACUAAAAAAACCUGCCUCCUAAAUUGGUUGAGAGAGACAUGAGACGAAUUUGAUUUGCUAGUUCUUAGGGCGGAAAAAACACUUCCGGGAAGAAAAUAUGCGUGUGGGGCAAGACCACCCUGUAGGGGAAAGUGUAUAAGGGUUUGGAACGUUCCUCGUCAAGGGAGAAUCCCAAAACCGGAUGGGGCUAUUCGCUGUAGGUGUGAUCCUAUUGUGUCAUGGAUGACUGCAGAAACAGCCCUCAAAGUGGCGAGACAGGAGGAGCCCACCGCGAUCGUCCACUUAGAGUCGAACUGAGGAGGGGGCACUAAAAAGCCACAAUGGUUCCCGAGGCGCAGGUAGGCGCGACUAUGAUACUCCUCUGCUAACCGGAAAAUUCACCAGCAAGUGUAGAAAUACGGAGGGAUCUGCCACGAUCACCAACUGAUCGCUUAGGGUCCAAACGAGGUGGGGACAUUAAAAGCCGCGAAGAUCAUUGCUAUAGGGGACAAUAUCAGUGGAUUUAGCACCCAAUCAGAAACAUGGGGUUGUGCGAGUUUAAGUGAGUUUCAAGCUGAGUUGGUGGAGCAUAUGAUAUCUACCCUUACUUUCCUGGAGAACCCUUCUCAAAGGCCAGAAAUUGAGUGUUGAAAGGUCGCUGCUAUCGGGAACGAUCUCUGCCGUUUGUAUUAUGGCCUGGUAUUUUCGGCAUCUAGGGUUUGGUGUAACCAUUUUCGACUGUCGUCCGCACCACAGAAGCUUUUUUGCUCAACUUUCCUGUUCCCGUGCUGUAGUCUACGAAUUUGCUAAAGAGGGCUGCCUUUUGUCUUUCCUUCCUCAAGGUGGUCGAGGACAAGGUUGACGCUACCCUUCGUAAUGAAGCUGUGCAUGGUCUCCGCUGCAUCCACAACGCAUUCUUCACCCUGUCUGCGGAGGCCUUCUGUAAGGCUGUCAAUCUCAUCGACCGUUUCGUGGUAAAAGUCAAGGUGUGUGUGUGUGUGCGUCUAACUACAUACCCUGUUUUGUUGUUCAUUGCAAGCCGUUGCAGGGUAACGGAAGUGCCGAGGGUCGUGAGACACAAGAGGGUUUUUGGUCACAGUACCAUUUACUCCAAAGUCUCUAAAAGGUAGCCAAUAGCAUUCCAAGCCGUCACAACUCCUCCAGACCCGUCUGCCCGCAUCUACGUUUGAAAAAAGAAGGACGCAGCUCUGAUCUGCUUAUCCGACUGUCAGUUGAUUAACUGGUCCUGAUUCUGGUUGCCUGGUCUGUUUACGACGCAGUCCGUCGGACCUCAAUCGCGCCACUUCUUCCUGACCUUUGGAUUUGCCAUCUUUAGCUGACUUGUUUUUGACUUGAGGGCGGUUUUUAUUGCAUGUUUUGAGUGCCACUACUGUCUAAAAGUCGUAUAGCAGGGCGUGGUCGGGGGCGCAGACAUUCAGGAUGGAGACGCUGUCUACCUGUCGGAGGAAUCGUGCCUCGAUAUACUGCACACAAUCUCAGAAAAGAACUAUUUUUACCCUGCAGUCAACAUGCACACAGUACACAGCUCUAGUAACAAGGACAUGCGAGUCGAGUCUCGAUUCUCAUACCCCAAUCGAAGCUGGCCUUCGGUUGGUUGUCUGGACAUUUUAGAUGAAAAGAAUUAUACUUGAUUCUUGCUGUAACGCUCGCCACGCACUUGUUACAAUCACUCUGCUGUUUUAAAUUAUGCGCUCUUGCAACUUUUCACAGCAACACGGACCUUUCCACUUUUUGAUCUUAAUCUCUUCUUUAGGUCAAGCCGAAGUACAUGUCUUGUGUUGCAGCAGCGGCCUACCACAUUGCUGCCAGGCUCAGCGAAUCUACACCGGCAAGUUUUUGUUGUUUUCAUGCCUUUCUGGUAUUUUUGUAUCAAUUCAGUCCGAGUCUAUCACCCCACAACUCUUUUCCAUCAUUCUUCCACGACUAUCCCUAUUACAGACGAAAAGGUGAGUUUUGGGGAUAGUUGCGAAGGUGAAAGCUCGUCUGCUGGAACAAGAACUUAUCUCACCGGAAUGUUCGGACUCACUCGCUAACCCGUUAUCAGAGACGGCGACAGUGAUUGUUACUCAACCGCACACCUAGUAAAAUUAGCAGUUUCCACAUUCACUGCAGAUAUUCGCACACUGGACGGUCUUUAGCGUCAGAGUUGUUAAUCGCGGCAACCUCGUAACUGGUGUUGACGAUUGACGUGAUAAUUAACCGACCGAUAGAAGCGAAGAUGCGAGCUCCAUGAAACAGUUGUGAAGAGGAUACGUCGCAUGAAGCUCUUGUCACAGUGAUCAUGCGUCCCUCUUCACAAUUACCCGGCCAUUAGAUUCGCGGGUACUGUCACCUGAAGCCGAUUUCUCCCCUUUGCGCAAUCGGCCGAAAUAAUUUCUCUGCCAUGACGAAGUCGUAGCGCCGAAUAUUUAGGGGGUGACCAUUGACUGCGGGCCGGAUGACCAUGAAUCAAAUAACUCGCUGCUCACGCGGUCGUCAUCUCGAGCGAGGACAUCGGCCUCGUCAAACCUGACGAUGGGACGGGGUUUCUGCUGAAUUAGCUAUGGCUUGAGGAUUGACAUCAUCCCUACUCCCACUGCCGCUAGGAGUUCGGCCAUCCGCGUCCAGAGUAAUUUCCCGAUCCCCCCUUGUCCACAACUGCACUAGACGAGGUAAACGACUUUAGGCGUUUGCCAUCGUGGUUGUUGGUCAUUUUUUGGCGUCUGGCCUCAGGUCUGUGUGAAACCCCAGACCCAAGUGCCGUGAGAAGUCGGCCGAUGGCUUCGGCGGCGCUCACCGAAAUUUGUAGCAAGUGCGAUCUGGCCUCGUCUUGGUUGCACGUGCGCCGAUUAAGAGAAUUGGACGGGUAGGCAUUCGUUCUGAGCACCCCUCGAGGGUAUUGUAAUUAUCAACCUUUCCCAACAUUUAGGCCGUCUCAUGUCAGCACGCUGAUGUAGCGUCCUUGAAACGACUGUACUUGUGACUGAUGAUUAUGCGGUUGAUGGCGAAGUUAAGUAUACUCGUUGUGUAUAUCGCUCUCCCGUACACUUGCUUUUAAAACACCACAACUUUUGUAGCAGACCAGAACAUCAGUGGAAGUCGGCUGGCCGUCAUCCUUUCACACUGAAUUGUUUGUCAGAGAAGAUGGCGUUAAAAUUCUCCCUGAAUGUCAGCACCUGAUCUCGUUCGAUGACGAAAAAGGCGUCAUCCACAUACCGUGUCCCUAGUUGCGGUCCGCGGUGAAGACGAUGACUCUUCAGAAGACGAAGAUACGACCACCGGAACAAGAAAUUUAUUGGCCCGACGUUUCGGAUCCUCACUCGAACCCAUCAUCAUAGACGGUCGCAGAUAAAGGUGAUGGUGGCACCAGGAAUGCAGCAUUUAUAGCACGUGGCUGCCGUGAGGCAAAAUGCGUGCUAUAAUCAACAGCUCUCGUAAUCACCGCUGGGGUCGUAACUUAUGCAAUGAUGGCUUGUCAGUCCGCGUCCGAGUCGUUAAUGGACGCGAUUUCUUCAUCCGUGUUGGGUGCUGGUGUGGCGAUUGCUCGGCAAAUUGACUCACUGUCACUGUGAUAAUUGCUCGCCCUGGCCUUUCCCACGUGACUGAAUCCCCUACCCAGGGAAAAUCUCAGCACGGAAUACGGUAAUGGGAGGUCAUUGCGCUUGUUGAUGGAUUGCGGGCGUGAGAAGCAUGACUCACGCGGUUUUCACCCCUUGCGAGGAUUUUGGCCUCUUGAAACUUGAAAAUAUGGCCGAGUUCUGAGGAAUGAGCCGCCACCUGAGAGCUAGCGCUUCCCCGCCUCACUGCUGUUGCGUGCUCGACAAUUCGCGUCAGGAGUAAUCUCCCAGUUUCUCCUACGUAGUUGCCUUGUCCGCAACUACACUAGACCCGGUUAACGACUCCAGACGCUUCCUGCCGUGGCAGUGGGUCUUUCGGCCUCAUGGCUUGGCGCCUGAUGGUUGCUUCCGGCCUGUGUGCAACUCCGAGUCCAAGUGGAGUAAGAAGACGACUGACGGCUUCCGAGGCGUUCUUCACGUACGGAAGAGUUCACUAACAUUUUGGGGCCGGUGACUGUUGCCCUCACAGGACCGCCUCGGCUGUCAAUUCAGAAAUCGGUGAGCUCGUUUACGUGCCUCACACCCAUCUGCUCUCGCGAACCAUUUUAGCCAACUUUGAGUGCAUUAUGAUAUAACACCACGGGAGUUUGGGGAAUUGGUCGUGUUCCAGGCGAUUCUCCUCUUAAUCGUGUUUCCUCUGCAAGAGGAGCUCGAUAAUUUCGACUGCCUGAUCCCGGAAAUCAGACGUAAACGGGGACUUCGUUUGACUGCAGGUUAAUUUUUUCAAAUUCUCACCAAUGCUUGUUUUACUGAGCUCAGUUAUCUGACAGCGCCUUCUGCAUGCGGUUGUAAAUAGUGCCGGUCAGAAUUGAUUUGGCUUCACACUGAUUUACUCUGAGGAAUGAAGUCUCAAAAGGACCGUGGAAUCGGACCAAGGGUAUUUGUCCAGUUUUUGCCACAAAGUGGUCGUUCGGUUUCAUUGAAAGUCCACCCAUCCGCUGAGGAUGGUGGUUACACGUCGAAAUUACCCUAGCCGUGUUGACUAUGGGAAACUGGGGUGAUCUGGGCGGUUGUAAACAGUACCAGGCAGAAUUGGUUUUACCUUACACUGGGGUGCUCUGGAUUACUCUAGUGCCCUUCUGCUGCAGCAGUGCGACUCUCACGCCAUCCUUGGCACACUCAAUGAGUGCAAAUGUGAAAAGUUUCUGCUUUUAGCUUUUCUCUAGGGUCGCAUGUCGGUCACACAGUCCGUUUUUCGCGUAUUGACCCGUGUGGUGGGUUGUUUGUGGGCCGCCAGCGUGCGCAAGUACGCUCUCGUGCGCCUCUAUUACGCCGUAGGACUGCCUGUUUUUCCUAUGACUCUAAAGUUAGCUCUGAUUGCACAAGAUGAGGCUUUUGCCAGGAGAGGUGCGUUGGCUGUCUGGCGUUUCAGGUGUUAACCUCAGCUAUCCUCUGCACCAUCCACACUAAAAGACCCGUGGGUUGUGCGUUACAGUCCACCUGAUGCUGAAUGCGAUGGGGCUGCGCAUCCCACUGGAUCACAGAUAACACCAACCGUGGAUGGAUCUUUUGUCUCCAUGGCAUCUCAACAGCUGUUGAUCGCUGGAUCCCUCCUGACGGUGGUAUGCGCUGCCUGGGCCGGCGUUGGUGUCCAUUGUGCACUGUGGGAAGUGGCUGCUGUUGAUGUCGGGCAUACCCCCAAUAGACCUGUUCUCGACGACACACGGAGCUGCCGAGAAGAGACGGUGCGGCGUCUUCGGUCGAGCCAUGUAUGCCACAGACACGUCAAAGGUCUAAAGACUAACGCCGCCUAGAUCUUAAUUUUUCUGGGUGCUUUGCCUAUGUCUAUGCCUCGGCUUACGACAGAGCGAAGCCGUACGCGCGUGCCCUUAAUCCCAUAAAACCGAUCUUCAAGCGACGUCUUCUAGCGAUUUUAUGGAUUUUUCAACUACUGCUUGACUGGCGUAUCUUCCUGUCCCGGCGGUCGUAAAUUCCGCCCUCGACUUAAGGACGACUUAGACUUUCGUCGACUUUAGGUCCUCAGAAGUCUCUUGCGUCUGCGGCUUAGGCCUACCAGCACUAGAUGGACCGCAGUUACUAAAGACGUAUGGACAUCUUGCUGUGGCCCGAUAUGUCUCUUGCUAGCUCACUUGAUUGUCCUGAUGGUACACCGCACGUCGGUGCGGUUUUUUAAGUCACUUAUUUACAGAAGAGUUCUGUGAUGGAGCGAGGCGGUCUCUCUUGCCCCUCCUUUCAGCAGCCAGGGCGUCAGGAGCUUUCGUUUAGGUAAUUUUUUCUACGAAGCACUGCGUCUCCGUUUGUGUGCGACUGCCUUUCGGAUUUUCUGUCGGUGGGCCGACUGUCGCACGCGCGCUGGGACAAGGCGCUCCAGCGGAAGAGGCCGCAGCACGGGGCCCAUGAGGCCAUGAUUACUGCCUGCACAGUCUCGCAGGCGCCCGCAUCAAGAUAGUGCGCACAUGCGGGUCUCAAGGUCAAGGCUAUGUUAUAGUAACCGUCACUCGCCUGUCUGACUGUCUAACACUAUUUCCGCGGUCGAAUUCAAGUCGCUUGCUGAUUGGUUCAUGCGUUUGCUCGCCUGGCUCACACACACACACCACCCAGCGUCUCAGUGCACUUGUCCUCUGGCCUGUCAGGCCACUAGGCUGUAGUCGCGCGCGUGCGUGUGCGCCUGUCUCCGACGCCCCUGGCGGUGCCUGCAGCGUCUUAUGCGCGACUGCAGAAGACACAAUUCAUGCCGCGCGCGGGUUUUGAAUCGUAUUUCAACGUAUUCUGCUGAAUAUAGUCAGUUGUGGGCGACCGUAGGCUGAAGGACCCCGAUUAGUUGUCGGUAACCUGCGCGUUGCAUCAAAUGCGAUUGGUGGUAAUGCUUUCCAGUCUUUUGCACGCCGGGAUUGUUCUACCCUGCGACUGUAAACGGGGCACUCCCCCCCCCCCAUUGUACACCCUCCACGAAUCCACAAAUUAUGAGGCAACCACCUACCAUACCAGGCGACCGCGACGCACCUCAUUCAACAUAUGUCAACAGGCCCGUAAGGCACUUACAGCCGAAGGAAAACUUUUUGGCACACAACGCUUCGACUCUAAUAGGGUUCCCAUGCGUCGGCACUCACCAGCGCACCGUUCAGCAGUAAUCCGUUAACAGGCUAUAACGGGUCCCCGACUGACGUUGUCGUCUGCCUCGCCCAGGGAGAUGCCCGAAGGCCUCUUCCUAGUAGUAAACUUCGAUUCUGAUAGGGCUUUCACGCGUUAGCACUGGCCAAUACACCGUCAGCCUACCGUCCGGCAUGCCGCCCCACCCACAAAACCCCCAUUAUCACCAAUCCCGUAUGACACGAUGCACCGGCUACCGUCAACCAACGGGGACCCGUCAGCCUGCCGUUGUCCAGUUUUGAGUUCUGGACCACUUUUAAUUUACACUGUGCUGCUGUGGCCCAGUGCCUAUCCACUUCCAAGUCCUUUUAGGACUUUUCUACGCUUUUUAAUAAUAUAUCACCCUCUACCGAAGAGAGUCAAGUUUGCCGAGCAGCAACCAACGUUAGUCGUGGACCCUGAGGGGGGUCAAUGCGACCGUUCCUUGGCACCUUACCUUAUAAGCCAUCAAGGAGCUAUUCAUAGACCCCCCAGUAUGCCCUUCCAUCAGAGGUGAGAUCAUUCGGGAAAAUUUUACCUGCUCGCAAGGUUACCAGAGAAUUGGAAAAGUCGAUCACUAGGGGAGUGUCGCAUUAAUGGGGCUUCCCGGACUAGUGCUCAGGCUAUCAUCGAAGCUCAAGCAAAGGGUGACAGAUGCAGUAUGCCUUCGGUCGGGCGCUCGUCUCUUGUUGCUGACUCGGUGGAUGAUGGUUUCGUAGUGCGGGGGUAGAUGUCCGGCCUCCCUUAUCCCUCGGUCUGCUUUGCUCUCGGCUCGAUCAACUAUACUGCUGACCGCGUAUUGAUGGCUGGUUUGUGGACUUGACAUGGCGACCUGUGAGCUCACAUCUGUCCGCGCUCUUGCCGGUCGGCAGUCGUGUCGUUGCAACAAUUGGCUGGAAAAUCACGACAAGUAACACUGUGGACGGCUGUUUACAUGCAUCCGGUUGUAGGUGAUGCUUCAGUUACAUGAGCACACUAUGAGUUCCUGCCUCAGAUCCGUUUGUUUGGUUUCACCAUCCGUCCCUACCGUUCCAACGCAUGGCACUUCCCCGGCUUUGCUUUAGGCCUAUUCUCAGUGUUAUAAAAUCUUACGUUGAAGUUGAUGGGGCCGUUGACGUCUUUGUUGGGCCAUGAAAAUAUGGACUCCUCAAGUUUCAUGUAAUCAGUGCCGGAAUAUACGUCAACUUGGUGUGUGCCAGUGCCCGGACGGAUGGGCUCUGACUAGUACAAGAAUUACAAUUUUUGGCUUCCCCAGUAGCCCUUGGCAUAAGUGUAAUCAUCUGUUCGUUUGCACCUUUCAGGAGCUGGGCGUCCCGAACCCAGACACACUGGUGCAGAUCUCACGCUGCGGAGGCAACUCUGCCGACCUCCUUCGCUUGGAAGACAUCAUCACUACAAAGCUUGGUGGCGAUCUUGAUGGAGUCAACGCCUAUGACUUCUUGCGUCUCUUUGCCUCCGCGGCUGUGGUUUUCCCUGAUAGUGGCACAUUCCCACCACCACCCAGAGGCCAGGAAGCGGACACUGGGCACGCGGGGAGUGUGGAGGAAGUCAGAUCGGAUGACGGCGAAGGUGACGACGAGGUCUUCAUGGAAGACAGCCCGGUAGGUGGCUGCGGCGGCGGCGGCAACGGCAGUAAGGUUAAUGGCCAGCGUCUGCUUGGCCCUAUUUCGCGCGGAUGCUCCCGAUCCCUACCUGAUGAUCCCCGCUCGGCGUCGUCUGCUGAGGUGGCGGUCGCACAACCAUCUGCCGCAGCUCCCCAGAGUCGGCGUAUGUACGACCUUUGGAGCGCGAUGACUAGUCGCCUGGUUGUCUCGCUCUGUUCCCUAGAGGUCUACCGCUACCGUCCGGCAACUCUGGCCUUGAGUAUCCUACUACAGCUCCGCGUGGUUGGUGUUCCUGGCCUUGCGCGACUGUGCAAUGUAAGCCGUUCAAUCCCUUAUCGCUUGAGAUUUUCAUACUGUCUACACUGGCAAUUUAAGUAGUGAUAGUGAUACCUUCUACAGCUCAUCUCCACCAUUGAUGGACUUGAACAACCAGUAGUGAUAGUGGCAAUGGAGGUCCGCACGACCAACGGAACCUGUAAAAACUUAUCACCUAGCAAUCUUCGCAAAAGCCCGAUAACAAACCUUGGUAAGAUAUGGUUAUGCAGCCGCACCUGAUGUACACACUACUGUUGGGGUUAGGGCUAGGGGCGACUAUUUCUCAACCACUCAAAGUAUAACCGCGCAUUCCCAGUAGCGUUUCCUUUGCAUACAAUUACUUGACCUCGUCACCAGUGCGUUCCCCGGCCCCACCCGUAAAACCCCCUAUUACCACCGAUCUCAUAUUACAGGUGACUGGGAUUUGUUUAUCUCAGGUGCGACCACAUAACCAUACCUGACCCAAAUGUGCAUAAUCAUGCUCCUGCAUACUCGACAGUCACUUUGCGGCCUUAGCCUCCAUGUUGUUGCAAGUUUCGAAGCCCGUACUGUUUGCAGGCAUACAUUUAAACUCGCAUCCCUCGAUAAAGUCGGGAGGACCGUCCCCUACGCCAGGGAGGUCUUUUGAUCACUCCAACUUCUAGGAGUGGGUGUGCCCUACGGGAUCCCAGUCACACUCCUCUGGCGUUUUGUGCAGCCGCGAGGGACAAUUUGUCAUCGCGUAGGGGACCUGUCAAAGUAUGCAAAAUCAACUCCAGGGGCGGAGACUGUAUCCACGUUUGAGAUGCCGGGGUUGGGGCACGGGGGUAUGAACCUCUCCCCCCCGCUCGCCGCCGCCCGUACCACAGGUGCCUUUGCACCAAAUUCUAGGGGCGUUGAGGUUAGUGUUCGGUUACGGUUCGAGUUGAAAUUAGAACACACGGGAAUAGAGGUGGUCCCCUGGAAUUCAGCGCAAAACCAACCGUAGUAGUGGGGGGGGGGUAGGGGUUUGCUUACUCCCGUGUCCAACUGAGGCCAUUCUUGGACUGAACAUCUCAUGAGACCUCACUGUCGAACGUCGAGUCGAUGAACCGGCAGGUCGACCGCUCUUGUCGUUUUAUUGUCCCCGCGUAAUUACGUUAGCUGAGCUGAACUGACCGAAUGCAGGAAAAAAAAGGGAGAUGACACGAUCAACAUAACGGCCGCCGUUUGUGCAUCCGCAAACGCUGAUCACAACGAGGGCUGGGCCAAUCUGACUAUAUUGGCAGCCGCAGCACACAGUUGUCAGUCCGUUAUCAUCCCUGCUCAUAAAGUACAUGUAUGCAAUUAACGGUCAGCGGGGCCAAAUCAUUACAGCCGAACCACUAACGGCAUUCUGUGCGUUUUCCUCCUUCGAUAUCUGUCAGUGGGUCCAACCGCCCGAAACGUCAGACCAUGGUUAAACGCAUUUUUAAAAGUUUAACUAGGCAUUAAUCAUGACUGAUUCAGCCCUUUCCAUUCCGCAGGUCUACCCCAUCGUGAGUGGUUGUCAUCCAUUGGAGUCAGUUAGUCAGACUCUCGAGCGAAGUUAAGUCUGUUGGGACGUCCGCUUCGAUGACCAGGAGGAGGAGGGGGGGGCAGAAAUGGGCCCUAGGUCAGCUUUUCCCAUACGUACUACCCGCGUUGGCCACUUGGAUGUCAUCAGCAGCCAUAGCCGGGCCAGGGUGAGAUGACACCCCCUGGAAGAUGUCACCUUCAGGCCGACACACAGUACCUUUUCGAGGUGCUUCAGUCGGCGAGUAAGGAGGACGCAGUUGAUGACCAAUUGCAUAAAUGCUCUUUAAAGACGCAGUUGUAGAAUGGACCGUGAACACCAUCGCGCGGAAACUGCUCAAGUGUAUCCGCGCCGUGCCUUACAUCCAUCUUUUACCAGAAACUUCGAUCCAGGAUAAAAAAAGCUGUCUAUUAACUCAAGAAUUUCGUUGUUUGCCCUGACCAUGUAGUCAAUUUCUCUCAUUAUCCUUACCAUCCUGGUGCGCCUGGAUUGAGCACUUAUAAACGACCGAGUAAAUACUUCUCAUAUUCUUAUUAUGACGUCAAACUCUGAUCACUGACAACGCAGCGCCUUAGGCCACUGUUACCUUUGCCGCCUGAAAUUUAAUCCAUUUCCUUCCCCUCCAAGGUGAAAAUGGACGAUGUUCGCCAGUGUAGCGCCCUUGUUGAGGAACUGUAUGAUAUUUACUACCUGGACGCCCCACCAAGCCAACGUCGAGCCCUUGUCUGGACGCUUUCCCGCCGAACUCUAUGCCGCAUUGGCUGUUCUAGUCCUACGCCACUGGACACCAUCUCAGAGGACUGCGAGUAAGUGUCAAUCUUACAGUAAAUACGUCUCUGACUAACACUUGUCCAGUCUCUACUCAACAGACGUCUAGUUAAUCUACUUAGAGUGGAUCCGGUGGGUGCCAUCUGGAAGUUCACCACUUGUAGACGUUCCCUCUAAGAAACUUGCCACCAUUAGUUGUCGUCUGUUGUUCCUCUCCCACACCGGUUUACUUGGAUUUCUGGUGGGACUCAUUACCGACUUGUGCUUUGCCGUGCUUGUUCUGGAUCCGGUUAUAAUUUUAUGCUGGCCUAUUAGGUGUGUGUCGCCUGUGUGCUUACACUCGUCGGCAGCAUGUGCACAUGUGAGGACGCUCCGCCGUGUGUGUGUGUGUCUGAGUUCGUUCAGCGACCCUGGAUUUUGUGCACACCCAGUUACUUCUGUGCAAGCAGAUGGGCAAUAGGUUUAAGCCGGAGCUCUCUCACGCGUCUCCACAGACCGAAGGGGGGGGGGGGGUAUAGCAUGUACCGUCAGGAUACCGAAGUAGGCGACAGAGCGCGGACUCCGUUUGACGACAGCACGCCAUUCCUGUCCAGGUUUUGUUUAGCGCACACGCCCCCUCCCCCUUCGCGGGAUGUCCACCCGUACGGCGUUCUGUGUCAGCCCUGCAUUCAUUUACGAUAGUCUCAGACCAGUCCUUUUCUGUGAAGGGCUGCCUUGUCUCUGUGAUUAUCCUCGAGGGGACGGGAUAGACUCUGAGUACAUUUAGAAACUUGCAUGCUAAUCCAGAAGGCGCAAACCUUCCUUCCCCUGUUAGCCGUUACUGGUUACCAGAACUACAUGUGAGAUACCACACGGCCCUGUCUUCCUCGCAUUCCGAUUGGCGUCUUGUGACUUAUCCACCCCCGGUAGGUCGUACGUAACUUACUAGGGACUGGAGAUACGCCUAUGUCGAAUCGCCACAUCAAAGGUGCCCUGAACCAGUGCAAAAGUACUCUGCCCGGUGGGGAUUGGGGUAAUUUCGCUUCUGGUGAAUAUUUUUCGACUUACUACUUAUCUACUAUAUGGACUAGCUUCUGAUAUCAUGUUUAUAGCAUACUUUCCUGUCUCUUCUAGGAACGAUAAAGAGGACAACCUUCAGUUCCUUUUCGAGCCGUAG